UUUCUCUCUCCCCCUCUCUCCCUCCCAUAUCUUCUUUCUUUCUCUUUCUUUUUUCUCACUAUUUUCUUUCACGCAUAUUCACAGAUUGGGGGAGGUGAAUCGUGGUGGUUUUUAAUGGUACAAAACUGCUUUUUGGUGGUGAGAAAGAAAGAAAGAACCUGAUGCCCUCUUUUGAUGUGUGAGUGGGUGGUGCUGCUCUCUUCUUCUGCUGUACCUCUCUCUCACUCUUCUCACUCUCUCUCUCUCUCUCUCUCUCUCUCUCUCUCUCAUUUUCUAUUCUUCUUGGCCUCACUUUCUUCCCGGAGAGAAUUUUCCCAAGAUGAAGAGGAAUCGCUGGUUCUUGCAGUUAAGUUGCUUCUGAUGAUACUGAGUUUUCCUCCAGACCCAAUCCGAUUACAGUGACGAUUUGCUUAAUCUUGAGGUUGAAGAGUGAAGAAGAAUAAGAAGAAAAGGGGCCAUAUUUGAAGUGGGUAUUGUUUGAUCUUACUACUACUACUGUUGAGUGGUGGGGCUUAGGGAUUUGUUAUGCUGAAGGCUAAGAAGGCUAAGACAAGGCGGCCUAGUUUUGGAGAUAGAGCAAGUUCAGGUUCUUGUGGCUGUUGUCCAGACAGCACAAGAAGGAAGAAGCUUAUCAUCUCCAUCAUCAUCAUCAACAGAUGUUAUCCAUAACAAACCCUCCAUCAGAUCCACCAUGUCCUCAUCAAAUUCAAGCUCCACAGCUGAAAAGCUCCAGUCACUGUAAUGAGAGGGCUUCUGGUUCUGAUAAGGUCGCCUUGCAAGAAGAAGAGGUAGUAGAAGCAGAUCUGCCAAAGUCUGGCCUUGAUGACAACAACCCACCCCCAAAAUUCUCCAUAAGAGAUUAUGUGUCUGGUGCACGGAGCAAGGACAUUCAAACAAACUGGCCUUUUGCUCAGAAAAAUUUGCAACUUUGUUUGAAGCAUGGAGUAGGAGAUUUAUUGCCUCCUUUUCAGCCUCUUGAUUCUGUACGAAACCGAUCUGUCAAAAGAUGCACUGUCGAAACUAGCCUGAUUCGAAAAGAAAACAUAAGAAAUGUGGAACGGGAGCCUUUUGGGCCGAGCAAUUAUUGUGUUUCUCCCUCUUCUGGUGAUGCUGGUUGUAACAGGAAGCUAGCUGUGAAUUGCUUAAAUACGGGUCAGACUUCAUCUGAAGAAGAACACGAACUUCCAUUGACUACAAAUAAUCGAUCGAAUUCUGUGGUUGAUUCAGUUCCUGCUGAUAGGAACACUUCUGUGGUAGUAGAAACUAACAAUAUAUUGGAAGUUUCGGCAGAAAAAUUUGAGCCAACAGUUUCUCCUCCGUCUCAGAAAUCUGAUAGCUCAAACCAACUUCAGAUUAAGAAGUCUAGACUGAUACUGAAAGUGGGGAGUGGAAUUGAUCCUACUUCAAACGAAGAUACUUUGGCAAAUUGUGUGGCAUUUUCCGACACGAUGGCUUCAAAAGUGUGCCCAGUUUGCAAGACUUUCUCAUCCUCUUCCAACACCACUUUGAACGCACACAUUGAUCAGUGCCUUUCUGUGGAGUCAACUGUUAAGUGGACAGCCAAUUCUAGGGUGAUUAAGCAUAGAAUAAAGCCGAGGAAGACAAGGUUGAUGGUGGAUAUCUAUGCAACGGCCUUACAUUGCACACUGGAGGAGCUUGAUAGAAGAAACGGGACAAGCUGGGCCGUGAAUUCUAGCUUGCCCACUCAACAGGCUUUAGAGAAUGUUGAAGAGGAAAAGCAAAGAGUGUUAAAGGACAAUGGUGAAGAUGGUGCAGUCUAUAUUGAUGCCAAUGGAACAAAGCUUCGUAUUUUGUCAAAGUUCAAUGAUAGAUCAAUACCAAAUCUAGAAGUGGGUCCUGGGCUCAAGAAAACUUUCAGAAGAGGUAGAGGAAAACAAUUGCUCACAACCUGCAAAAGGAAGGAUCGUGCUCAAAAAAAUCAGAAAUACCUGAAACUUGAUGCUCAGAGCAUAAAAAAUUGCUCUCUGAACUGUCAACCUUCUUCUGAGGUUUGUGAAGAGGAAGAAAGAAAUCUUGCACUGAAAGAUAGCUUCAGAAAAGAGGAAAGCCUGGCACAGACCUUCAAAGAUCUACAGGUGAUCAAGCCCAAUGAAUCAGGAAAUAUAGCAAAUUGGACAAGCUCUAAACGAACUGGUCUCUUAAAAAGGCGAAAGUGUAAGGAGGGUCUUCAGCAUUUGGGACUUAACUUUAGACGGGAAUUGACUGUUGAAAGUGCUCAUUCAUCUUUAUGUGAUUUGGACAUGGAGAGAAGUUGCAUUCAGAAAACUCCAAACUCAUAUGACAGUCCACUUUCAUCUCCUGGAAGCAGCAAGGGAAUGGAGGAUUCAUCAUCUGGAGAGCCCAUUAAUGAAUAUACUGAACACCCUCCUAUGCAAAAGCAAGUUUCAGUUUCCUCAUUUACGACUCAUAUCGGUGGUAACUUGGAGAGAUUACGCAAUGUCAAGCAGUUGAGAAAAGACGGCACAAUUGUCGAUGGAAACGAGGGUUUUGUAAGUUAUAGAGAAAACUGUGUUCCUUCUCCUGGUAAGGGACCAUUUAAGCUAAUUGCUGGUCCAGUCAAAAGUAGUUCUUGUGCUGCUCGCUCAAAUACAUCACUUGGUCAUCAAGUACUCUUAUCAAAAUCCACAAAGUUCUCCUCUUUGAAUAGGCACAUGAUGUCGAUCAAUGAGUCAUCUCGAACUGAAUUCAACCAUAAGGUGAACAGAAAGUUUUCAGUGAAAAAGAAGCUUCCAUCCUGUAAGAAGUCUGGAGUUUGUUGCAUGGAAAAAUUGGGUAAAAAGUUUGUGACACUGCCUUCCGAAAGUAUUGGAAAACAUGUUUACAAGGAGAAGCAUCGAGGAAACAAAUCUAGAAGAGAAGAAAUAUGUCACAAAAUCUCCCUUGACCAAUGCAAUGUUUUGAAAAUAAAAAAGAAGAGGACAUCGGUUCGUAUCUCUCAGAAUGAGCAGUCUAUGGUUCUGAAAUCUGCAUCAGGAUGUCACAGUCUUGAAGUUGGCAAUGACAUAGAUUAUUCUGCUAGAGUUUGUGGAGAUUUGGCAGGUAAACUUGAUGACACAGGAUCUGGCAGAAAAGGGAUUGAUUCUCAUGGAUACAGCAGAGUAGUGGUUGAACCAUCUUCAGGAGUGGAUAUUGGAGGAAAUGCUAUGAGAUCGGGAAAAUCUCUAGAUUCAGAGUUCCAGAAGCUGUCUAGCCCUUGCAAUAUGUUAGCUGAUUCAUUGCAUUCCGCUGUGUUUAAGAGUUCUUUGAGUGGAGCGGAAACACAGUCAUGUCCUAGCGACCCUAGUUUGAGUGAUGAACCAGAGAUGUUUCAUGUCAAUAAAGUUGGCAGCGGUACAUUAGCUCAAAGUACUGGUGCGUGGAAGGAAAUCGAUUCUAUGGAUGGGCAAGGAAAUUACUUUAAUGAGGUUGACCCAAUAUCUAUUCCAGGACCACCUGGAUCAUAUUUGCCAAGUCCUAGGGAUAUGGGCUCGGAAGAUCUCCAAGGAAGUGCCUCAUUAACUACAAGCCGAGUUCAGUCCUCUGAAGAUCAGUAUGAUCUGGUUGAUAGAGAUUUAUCGGAUUCUCCUAUUUCUGCUAUGUCAACCAUAUCUCACUCUCCAACUGGAAGACCUGAUGAUUUGAAAUCCCCUGGUGAGUCUGGAGAACUGCAUGUUGCACCAGGUGAGAUUAGGUUAGGCUCCUCUGGUGAUAGCCAUGGUGCCCUAACACAAAUUGCUGCCUCAAUUCCACUGGGAAAGACGAUUCAGGAGGAAAGAACCAAUCUGGAAGAGUUGAAAGUCGGCAUGAUUGGCUCUGAGAAGGGACCUAUCAAUUUCCGAAAUGAUCAGCCGUGCUGCUGCUCAAGAAAGGAGGGAAUGUCACAGGAGUUUUCAUUAAAUUAUCAAGACUCGCAAGUUCUAUGGAGACAGACCAUGGAUUCAGUUCCAGUUCCUGCCAUGGGGAAACCAAUGAGUUGUUAUCCACCCAGGAAACCAAAUGGUUUGUACUCCUUGCCUGAAGCAAUUUCUCUUGGCAAUUUCCCAGGUUCAGGACCAGAAAAGUUGGCUCUCCCUGUCACAAAGAUGGAUAUGGGUCCUGUUUCGAUAAAAGUUUUUGCUGAUUCCGAUUUCAAGUCCCCAGUUUAUGGUGAGUGUGAUUCUGCUAGUCCAUCUUCAUCCAAUCCUGUUCUCAGGUUAAUGGGGAAAGAUGUAAUGGUGGUUAGUAAAGAUGAAAAUGUAUCCCAGCAAUAUAGAAAAGCCAAUUCAAGUAUCUUGAAUGGUCAUCUGAAUCAACAAUCCCAAAUGCUUUCUGGGGUCUCUCUGGGCAAUACUCAAAAAGAAAACUCCCGUUUCUUUCAUCAUAUGGUCCAUCAACACCCUCUCACGGGCAAGGAUCAAAGCAACACUGGUUUCAACAUCAAGCUUUCAAACAGUUUCAGAAGCAAUGUCAAUUGUUGCACUCCACAAACAACCUCUCGUGUUUCUGCAGCUGCAGUUUUAAACAGGAAUAUGAAUAGUGGUUUCAGACCAGCCCUUGAAUCGCAUGAAGAUGGUGUUUGGUAUGGCUUGCCUAAUGAUCAGAAUAGAUCCAGAAACAGACCGUAUUUUCCUUUGGCAUAUAAUGUGGCGAGAGUUGCAACUGCUUCAGACACCCUGCAUGAGGAUAAAGAUUUGAAAGCAAACCCUGAGAAAGAGAUCAUCGUCAUUGAGGAUGGCCCCGAAAGGGAAGCUGAAGCACCGUAUUCUGGAAGUAGUGUGAGGGAGGGUCGGGUAGCUGCUCCAGGUGGCAUGUCUAUUCCAGUGGUUUCAAGUUACAACUCAAGGCACGGGAGUAAUCAUUUUUAUGGAUAUCAGCCACAGGUUUCUUUGCCUUAUAGCGGACAACACAAGGUACAAAGUGGUAGCUUUCAAAUGCCCCCUCAGAGUAGUGCAAGUCCAGUUACGUGGAAUUGCUCUUGAGAAGAAGGAUCGAGCGUCAUGUCUCUUGGCUCUUCUAGGCUGAACCAAGUGCGAGUUGGAGAUGUUCGUCAAUACUUUUGAUCGAUGACCAUAAUGACACAUCCAUUUCAUCUUGAAAGCCUAGCCUGCCUUUGGAAGCUCAACCGCAGCAGAUAAGUUCUUAAACUGCGUUUGUGAUCUUUUGAUAAUUGCUGCUAAUUAAUUAUUAUAUAUGUAAUUAGAAGACCUAGCAGUUUUCGAGGCUUUUGCACAGAUAGUGUUAAGGCUACCUAAUUAGAGACUAAACCUGUACAAGGGUCAAGGGAUCUUUUUAAUAAUAGGUUACCCUCAGAAGCUUUUUUCCUACACACAGACAGUGCCAGUGUUGAUACUACUAAGCUCUCCUACAUCUUACAACAAUCUAAAUUUGUUUGUUAUUAAUCUCGUGUUGAAUCGUGUUUCUUUUAUCUGAAAACACUAAAAGAUUAAGUACGCAUA